AUGCCACUUCCGAUACGCCACGAGGGACGCCGAAGCGACGUGGCGGUGGCGGGAGGGGCCGCCCGCCACCGCCACGUCGCUUCGGCGUCCCUCGUGGCGUAUCGGAAGUGGCAUUAUCGCAGGAUGUUGUGCUUUGUCAUGUUGAUGUUGUGGAGUCACCUCACGUCCAGUCAGCAGUCUCAACCUUGUCUCUUCAACACCAUGUGUUCUUGUCGCUACACAAACUCCACUGUAAUCAAAGAUGUCAGCUGUGUUGGCGUACCUUUCUACAAGAUGCCAGAGUUGCCACAUAGUCACAUCUCACACCUGGAUGUGGUUGGCGCUGGUCUUGACACUCUGGACAGUGACAGUCUGGGAGGUCAGGUCGAGACUCUUCGUCUGAUCACCAACAACAUCAUCCACAUCGGUGAUAGGUCAUUCUCGAGUAUGGCCGGCUCACUUCGAUCCCUAGACCUCAGCCAGAACCAGUUGGAUGAACUACCUUUACAAGCUCUCUGAUCCCUCAAGGCGCUGAACUGGCUCAACCUGCAGAGUAACCGUAUAUCUUCCCUCGCGGUCGAGGACUGGUCCCACCUGAAGGACACACUCGACACGUUGUUCCUGGGGGAGAACGACCUGCAGGAGUUGCCAGUAGAGGCGCUCACGUCGCUGCGACAUCUCUCUUGGCUCAGUCUGGACCACAACAAGUUGCGGAACAUGAGCUCUGACAGUCUCCCAAUGUCUAUACAGACACUCAGUGUCCAGAACAACCAGCUGGGAGAGUUGAUGGACAUAGAACCUCUCGGAAGACUAACGAGACUUUGUCUAAGAGGAAACAACCUGAAGAGUGUGUCUAGACAACCACUGAGGCGGAGUAAGCAACUAGACAAGCUAGACAUAGGAGACAACUUCAUUGCGGAGAUACAUCAGCUAUUCAACGGAUCUCUAGCAGUGAGAGACUUGAAUCUAGACUCGAACAACAUCACACAACUUAACGAUGGAGCUUUUCUCGGCACAAAUGCUGGUAGAAUCAUUCUAGCUUUGAACAAGAUUGAGAAUAUUUCCGAUGCUGCUUUCUUAGGAUUGGAAAACACCUUGGAAUACUUAGAUCUCGAUAGAAAUUCAAUACAAAGUUUUCCAAGUGCUGUAAGUAGGUUAAAGAAAUUGAAGUAUUUGUAUAUGCCAGGAAACAAAAUAUUAGAAAUUGACAAAGGUGCAUUCAGUAAUUUUUCUAUGACUCUUAAAGCAGUGUCUUUGGCGGGAAAUCAACUAUCUCAGAUCCCUCAAGAGGCGUUGUCGAAAUGUAUUAAGCUAACUCACCUGAACCUCGGGUACAACUUGAUUGGAGAGUUGAAUUCUGAAGACUUUGUAGGGUGGGGAGAAUAUGUAGACACUUUGUUGUUACAAAAUAAUAGAAUAAUGAGACUAGGAAACAACUUGUUCAAUAACACACCUCAUUUGAGAGAGUUAAGUUUGUCUUUUAAUAGACUAAUUGAUGUCGAGACAGACGCAUUCAUUGAUGUAGCUAGGAGUUUAGAGAGUCUCGAAAUAAGUUUUGGGCUUCAUAGAGAUGACUUUCCAGAAGAUUUUGUUCGACCGUUGACAUCGUUGGGUUGGCUAGCCCUAGACAACAACAAUAUCAGACUUAUCUCUAAAAGCGCUUUAAAUACUUUCGAAAAGCUGCAAUAUCUAAAUUUAGAGUCAAACAGAUUAACAGACAUCCCAGUUGGACUUUUUAACGGAAGUGUUCAUGGGAAUCUUCGAGACAUACGGUUAUCAUACAAUCAUAUUAACAAAUUAGACUCCUUCACAUUUUAUUACCUAGUAAAUCUUCAAUCUAUUAUCAUGGCAGGAAACAAUAUUAGAGCAAUUCAUUCAAGCUCGUUUCAUAGUCUUCCGAAGCUAAUGAAAGCGAUUCUUUCCCAGAACAGAAUAAGUUUCAUAAGUCCAGGAGCUUUCGUUCAUAUUCCGCAACUUACACGACUGGAUCUUCAAAUGAACGAACUUCGAGAGCUAUCGUUAAAUAUAUUUGAUAAGCAGGGUCCAAACUUAACCUUUUCAUUCAACAUUUCCCGCAAUGAAAUAUCAGCUUUAACUCAGGAAGAUUGGCGACAAACCAUCAAAGUAAGUGUGUUGGAUGCAAGCCACAACAAGUUAAUUGAAGUUCCAGUCCAGUUUCUAAACACCAUGUCAGGAACAUUGACAAAGUUGAAUUUAGGGUACAAUAUGAUUUACCAAAUACAUCCUUUAAGCUUUGCCAAUCUGACCAAGCUGGAAACGCUUAAUCUACAACACAAUGGGAUUUUAAGUAUUAAAAGAAAAGCUUUCUAUGGGUUAGAUAGUUUACAAAUACUCGAUUUGUCACAUAACCACUUGAAGUCCCUGCAAGUAUCACAAUUUUCCAACUGUCCCAGCCUAAGAAUAAUUUCUCUGUCAUCGAACCACCUGCGGUCUUUACCACGAGAGGUGUUCCAAAACACAAGAUUAGAAGGCUUGGACUUGUCUAAUAACGGAUUUGUCGUAUUUCCUAAUCAAGCUUUAGGUGAUGUUGGAUUUACUCUUCGUCAUUUGGAUUUGUCCUACAACCAAAUAGAUCGCAUCGACAGCACUAUGUUCCACGAAACUCAGUUCCUAUCACACUUGAAUCUGUGUCGCAAUAAACUAAACAUACUCUCUGACAAUGUGUUUACUAGUCUUGGCAACCUCCUCAAUCUGAAACUCUGCCGGAAUGCUCUGACAGCUAACUUCAAAGAACUUUUGCACUACAUCCCGAGGCUUCGACACCUCGAUCUGUCCCACACUGGGAUGAAGAUUGCUCCUGUAUUCCCACUUUCCAGACUCAACUACCUCAAUCUCACCGGGAACUACCUUGAAGAGCUUCCCACCAACUCCAUAGAGGGCCUCCCAAGCCUCAAGACUAUCAUCCUUCGUGGCAACAGACUCACUAGUUUGCCGUCAUCGUGUUGGCAAAAGUUGCCAUUGUUAAAAUACUUGGACGCUUCGUCGAAUCCUAUCAAGACCCUGACGUCGGACAGUUUCCACGGACUGUGGCGACUUGAAUCGUUGUUCCUGACUGACCUGUGGCGACUAGAACGUUGGGACGCGGGCAGCUUAGCAUCUCUGAGGUCACUGACCUCUCUACAGCUACAGAGCUGGAAGCUGUCCCUGACCGUGUUGGAGGACACUCUGUCAGACCAGCUCCGAGGCCUCGCGUUGCCUAGACUACGUCACUUGGUAGUGUCAGGUCGCUCCCUGACUAGGCUACAGCCAGGGGCUCUGGAGGCGCUGAAACACUCCCGGGAGCUAGUGGUGGAGAUCUCAGGUACCCAGGUGCAGGACAUCCCUACAGGGUUCUUCUCUGAUCUCGCCCAGACAGCUCAUCUAUCCAUCAAUCUGAGAGAUAACAGUCUUCAGUCACUCAGUCCAGCCGCGUUCUAUGCAAAUGCUACCUCUUGGGAACAUGUGGGAACCAAGCUUAUAGCAGGAGGACUCCUACUCCACGACAACCCGUGGAUGUGCGACUGUGGUCUAGUGUGGGUCGGCCAUUGGCUGAGACGGUGGCUCAGGGAGGCUCUGCAGAUACACACGGCUCCUCUAGACGCGGCUCAGCACCUGGUGUUGGCCACUAGGGGCGCCACCUGUACCGACCCUCGCACUGAUAGACAGACGCCAUUGCUGGAUCUUCACCCUGAGGACCUCAGCUGUCACGCUAGCGCUCUCAGUGGAGCCUCGUACUACAACCCCCACCUCACACUGUACUUGACAGUAGCUCUGCUCACCUCGACAAUCCUCAGUUGAUACCCGAUACGUGAAUGACUCUGUUGAAGUGUUAAAUCGUUGACUUUUGGAUACUAGGGUAUGGAUCCCAUCUGUAUGAACUUUCUGUAGGCAAUCGUUGAUUCAAAUGAAUCCUAGCUAAACAGUUUUAGGUUAAAAAUAAAUAUAAUUGAAUGAGUCAUUCUUUGGUUGUACCUAUGGCUUAUUUCAGCAGCAAUUGCAAUAUAAAAUUUUGUAUCAAGAUGCAGUGGAAAUGAUUUUGUAUGCCAACUAAACUAGACUUGAACCGUUUAUUUUUCAGCACUGAAUGUAGCAAGAAACAUAACAUCUUACAACAAGAAUAUAGCCUAAACUAUUAUAGAUAGCAAUUUCGACAACAGAAUUUGAGAAAUAUUAAUAUUUUUCUAAUACUGAAGAAAGGAAAAUUUCGUAAA